GUGGUUUUAAAUAAAUACAUAUAUAAAAAAAGUGUUUCGUAUUCAAAUAUAACGCAACGUAUUUUUAUUAUAAUUUCACACAAAAAAUAAAAACAAGUAAAACAAAAUGAAUAGCAAUAUUACUUCACGUUUUGAUAUGGCUGCUGAGAUUGUCAAUAUUGCAUUUGAUGAAUUCAAAACGCAUCAUAUCACAAGAAACUAUACUGGAUUAAUACAAAGAUACUAUCAAUUGGUCGAAGAGGACUAUGGAGAUCCUCGAUCGAAACGUUUUCCCUUAAUGGAACAUCCUCUGUACACUUUUGGUCUUGUUGGUAUUUAUUUAUCGUGGGUUUUAGUGAUAGGACCAUUUUUCAUGCGCGACAGAAAACCUUUCCAACUACGACGUACCCUCGUUAUCUACAACGCAUUUCAAGUAGCGCUAAGCGCUUACAUGUUCUACGAGCACUUGAUGGCUGGUUGGUUAAAUUAUUAUAACCUGAAAUGUCAACCGGUGGACUAUUCAGAUGGCCCCAUGUCAAAGCGGUUCAAGUAA